UGGGGCCCGCCGCUCGUAAUUCAUUUGCAUCGAUAGAGAAGUUGGAAUGCUUCGUCCCAAACUAGCCUCCCAGAAGCCGCCACCUCCACGGCGCUGCUGCACCGACGGCAGCGUUUCGGAUCCCCAUUCCCACAUUCUUAGUAGAGAAUCCAUGAUAUGCAUUAGAAGUCGGCCUUAUUAUUCCCGGAGGUGUAAAAAGGAGAGGCCAACAAACAUAGAGUCCCUCCCCACAGACCUAUUGUUUGAAAUCCUCCUCCGAUUGCCGGCCGAUCAUCUCUACGAGAGAGCGAGGCUCGUCUGCCGGAGGUGGUACCACAUUGUCCAUUCUCAUGCCUUCAUCAACGCGCAGAUGCACGGUGCUACCUAUGGACUCCUCCUAUCACCACCCACAGAGAAUAAGUCUCUGCCAAUUUAUGUAACAGCCGAUGCAGACGGUGGAAUCCACACAUCUGAGCUAACUUACCUCUUCGAAAUUGGAAUUCUUGCUACCUGCAACGGUUUGAUUCUGGAGAUGAAAGACAACCCUUACGACCUCCGUCGUCUUGUGAUUGUGAAUCGUGUAACGAAGCAGUCAUUCCUCCUCCCACCAUUCCCCAAAGACGUAUCCUAUCACCAGUACUACAGUAGUUUAGCAUACUCUGCAGCUUCCUUGGCGUAUAAAGUGAUUGCACCAGCCACUAAUCGCCUCGGGUUUCCACGCCUACAAACUGACUACGAUCUUGACGUGUUCACUGUUGGCGUCGAUGAAUCCUGGAGGCAUGUCGAGGUUCACCACCUCCCUGAUCAUGUCUGGCGAUUUUGCUUUGACGACAAGGCUCCCUUGACUAGUGAAGGUUUCUUGCAUUGGGCAAGGGGGAGGUACUGUGCGACGAUGGAUGUGGAGACGGAGAUCAUUACACUGAGUGAAGCCCCUUAUGAGUACCAUGAAAGCAAGUAUAAAUAUCUGUCAACUGGGAGGUGUCUGUCGCUCCUGGUUGCGUGUGGGGAUCUGUCGUGGGAGGUUUGGGAGAUGAAGGCAGAGACGGGCGAGUGGAGGAAGGCGCUGCCCAACGUCGACUUGGGAGCUGAGAAAUUCAGGAUUCAACAGUUUGCUCCUCCUGAAGCUGGUGGAGUUCUCGAGCCACUUGGUUGGGUUAAAUAUCCACAGGUUUUGGCCUUCUAUUUUGACGACUUUUAUUGGGAUAAAAAACGGCAUUGCAUUUUGUACAAUCUUGUUACGCAUCAACUCGACACCAUAGAGCUACCGCGAAACUAUACUAGAGGGUAUUGGGCUUUUGUGCAUAAGAAUGCAUCUCUGAUGUGGUUAAGUUAGAAGGGUAUUAGAAUCGGUAUUAAUUGUUUAUAUUUGAUCAAGUUAAAACAGUUGAUAUAUUAUUGCUUAUAACGUUUCAGAUUUUGUGCA